AUGGCGUCGGCUCGUAGGUGGGCGCGCAAAGCCGAGCGGUGCUGUUGUACAUUUGCGACGUACUUUCCUUUGGCCUUUGUAUACAGCUUGACAUCAUGGGCUGUGUGGGUGGUUGUCAAUAUCGGUAGCGUUAGCACGAAGAGCGCUUGGAUAGGUACCGGCUCUUCCAUAAUAGGCGUCGCACUCUAUCUCAUGCUCAACUGGUGCUACACCACCGCUGUCUUUACACCUCCAGGCUCGACGACAAAUGACAUGGGCUAUGGCCUUUUACCGACACAAAAUACACCCCAAGGCACUUCUUUUACAGUCAAGAGUAACGGCGAGUUUCGAUUCUGCAAAAAGUGCCAGGCUCGCAAACCCGAUCGUGCUCACCACUGUUCGACAUGUCGACGAUGCGUCCUCAAGAUGGACCACCAUUGUCCUUGGUUAGCGACAUGUAUCGGGCUGCGCAACCACAAGUCCUUCCUCCUCUUCUUGAUCUACACAUCUCUUUUCUGCUUCUGGUCAUUCGCCGUGAGUGCAUGCUGGGUCUGGUAUGAGGCGCUGAACGAUCAGGAAUACAUCGACACUUUCCUGCCCGUCAACUUCAUCAUGCUGAGUGUCAUCAGCGGAAUUAUUGGACUUGUGGUUGGCGCUUUUACAUCAUGGCAUAUUCACUUGGCUCGAUGUGGACAAACUACGAUCGAGUGUCUCGAAAAGACACGAUACCUUUCGCCGCUGCGCAAGACGUACAACUCUGCCCACAACCCCGCCAAUGAAGUACCAGAGGCUGCUCGUCAAUUUGUCGACUUUCACGCGAAUGUUCUACCCGGUAUCACACGUCCCGAGGAAGGCGAGGAGCGACGAGAGAUGCCCCGAUCAUAUCCCCCUGAUGGUUCCCAUCCUGUUCAACUUUCAUACGCCCAGCGCGAGCGGGAACAGCGACAAAGACGAUACGAGGAGUACCUGGACGAGCAAGACUCCGAAAAGCUUCCCAACGUCUUCGAUCUUGGCUGGAAACGCAACUUACUGCACCUCUUUGGCCCCACCCCCGCACUAUGGUUCUUCCCUGUCUCCAACACUACAGGAGAUGGUUGGACAUGGGAAGCAAGCAGCAACUGGCUGGAGGCUCGCGAUCGACUCUCAGCUGAGCGAGAACAACAGCGAGCUCGUGAGGUGAAUGCUGGCUGGGGUUCACCGAAUGAUAUACCUGAUAUCCCCGAGCGACCUUCAGGCGCAGGAAAACAUUACUCCCCUACCCCAAAACUUGCAGGUCCCAAGACUAUGAGCAAAGCUGAUCGAGUUCUUGGCCGUGAUCCCAACCUAUACGCCGAUGCAACACAAGAUGUACCCAUGCAGCGUCUCAGCCCUCGUGGUCGAACAGUGGAUGAUGAGCUAGCAGACCUGGAAAGCGACGAUGAAGACGGUUUCCUCGACGCCAAUAACCCUGAUAAAACAGAAGGUGGAAAGCUCAGCCCAAGCUUCACGUCUGACUCCCAACGUCGAGACGAUGCCGAAGCGCGCGCUCUAGAGGUCGUUACCAACGGAAACUGGGGUCGCGGCGGUGCGAGCGGUAUGCUCCGUAAGGGAAGCUCACAGAGCAGCCCCAGCAGAACUCCCAGCAAUAUCAGCCGCUCAGGGACACCCAAGUUCCAGGACGAAGGCGUUGACUAG